CAGGACUCAGCGGCGAAGUUGGAUUUGACCUUCAUAAUUGGCCAAUGGGGGAGUCCUCUUCUGAUGAGAGGUCGCAUCAUGACAAGAAGUCUAAAAGUAAACAUAAACACAAGCACAAAUUCAAAGAAGAUAAAAUAAAAGAUGAAGAAUUUCUGCGCCCUACCAAACUUCCUCGAUCCUAUAGUGACAAAAAGCGUGAUCAUCAUGAUGAAAUAAAACAUAUACAUAUCAAAGAAGAACCUAAAGACUCUUACAGCCCUCCUCCUAGACAUCGAUUAAGCAACCCAGUAAUAAUAAAAGAAGAUACACCUCCCCGGCGUGGCCGUGUCAGCUCUCCUGUAAUUCUCAAGGAUGAUGAAAUCAGUGACGCCCAACCAAAUCUCGGAAGAAGUGGACUUCUGGACAAAACUUCAGCCCCGAUUGCAAAGCAAAAGGCAAAUUUUGAAUUAUCAGGGAAGCUUGCGGAAGACACAAAUGUAUUUAAAGGUGUUGUGAUAAAAUAUAAUGAACCAGAAGAUGCUAGGAAACCAACUACACACUGGAGGUUAUAUGCUUUUAAAGGGAACCAGACCCUACCUAUUUUACAUAUACACAGACAAAGUGGAUUCCUAAUUGGUCGUGAUAGAAAAAUAGCAGACAUUCCUAUGGAUCAUCCAAGUAUAUCCAAGCAACACGCUGUUUUACAGUACAGAUUUGUUCGUGGAGCAAUUCGUUUGUAUGUCAUCGACUUAGACUCAGCGAAUGGAACUUACCUGAACAAUAACAGAAUAGAAUCGCGACGUUAUUAUGAACUCCUAGAGAAAGAUGUGAUUAAAUUUGGUUUUUCUUCACGUGAAUAUGUUGUUAUGACGUCGGAUACUGAUGUCGACGACUCACCUUAAGAGCACCCUAUGUACAGAAUAUUUGUUAAUAUAUUUUAUUUAACUUUCUGUUACCGUUUUAUGUUUGUUUACAAUUGAGCAAAUUUACUGACAUCAAAAUUGUAAAAAACCGGUCAUGUACAAAGUUAAUAUUGCCAUUUUAUUUUUAUGCAAAGAAUUAGUCUUAUACAAUACUGUAAUAAAAUGUAAACGCUUUCUCAAUGACACAAAGAGUAGUAUUAAUUAUUCCUCUAUAACGCUGAAUGGAUGUUGUCUACAUUAAAUAAAUGCCUUUUUGUGC